UCUGGAAAGACGAGAUGCAGGCACAGCCAUCCAAGAUGCACUCAGGUAUCCUGGCUGCCCUCCUCUUCUUGAGCUCGGCCCACUGCCGGUCCCUGCCCCUUUCCGCCAGCGAAGACGAAGAUGACCUGUCUGAGGAAGACCUCCAGUUUGCAGAGCACUACCUGAAAUCAUUCUAUCAUCCUACCAAUCUUGCGGGAAUCCUGAAGAAGACUGCUGUAACGUCCACAGUUGAUAGGCUCCGAGAAAUGCAGUCUUUCUUUGGCUUAGAAGUCACUGGCAAACUUGAUGACCCCACCUUAGAUAUUAUGAGGAAACCGAGAUGCGGGGUUCCUGAUGUGGGUGAAUAUAAUGUUUUCCCUCGAACUCUCAAAUGGUCCAAUAUGAAUUUAACCUACAGGAUUGUGAACUAUACCCCUGACAUGAGCCAUUCUGAAGUAGAAAAGGCAUUCAAAAAAGCUUUCAAAGUCUGGUCAGAUGUGACUCCUCUGAACUUUACCAGAAUCCAUGAUGGCACAGCUGAUAUCAUGAUCUCUUUUGGAACUAAAGAACAUGGUGAUUUCUACCCAUUUGAUGGACCCUCUGGUCUUCUGGCUCAUGCUUUUCCUCCUGGACCAAAUUAUGGAGGAGAUGCCCAUUUUGAUGAUGAUGAAACCUGGACAAGCAGUUCCAAAGGCUACAAUUUGUUCAUUGUGGCGGCCCAUGAGCUUGGUCAUUCCCUAGGUCUGGAACACUCCAAAGACCCAGGAGCCCUCAUGUUUCCCAUCUACACCUACACUGGCAAAAGUCACUUCAUGCUUCCUGAUGAUGAUGUACAAGGAAUCCAGUUUCUCUAUGGUCCAGGAGAUGAAGAUCCCAACCCUAAACAUCCCAAGACACCAGACAAGUGUGACCCUUCCCUGUCCCUUGAUGCCAUCACCAGUCUCCGAGGAGAAACAAUGAUCUUUAAAGACAGAUUCUUCUGGCGUCUGCACCCUCAGCAAGUGGAUGCAGAGCUGUUUUUGACAAAGUCAUUUUGGCCAGAACUUCCUAACCGCAUUGACGCUGCCUACGAACAUCCUUCUCGUGACUUGAUCUUCAUCUUUAGAGGUAGAAAAUUUUGGGCUCUUAAUGGUUAUGAUAUUCUAGAAGGUUAUCCCAAAAAAAUAUCUGAACUGGGAUUUCCAAAAGAAGUUAAGAAGAUAAGUGCUGCUGUUCACUUUGAGGACACGGGCAAAACUCUCUUCUUCUCAGGAAACCAGGUGUGGAGAUACAGUGAUGCUGACCAGACUAUGGAUCAAGGCUACCCCCGACUUAUAGAGGAGGACUUCCCUGGGAUCGGUGAUAAAGUAGAUGCUGUCUAUGAGAAAAAUGGUUACAUCUAUUUUUUCAAUGGACCCAUACAGUUUGAAUAUAGUAUCUGGAGUAAUCGCAUUGUCCGUGUCAUGCCAACAAAUUCUCUAUUGUGGUGUUAAGUGGCUUGUAAAAACUAUUAUUUAUAUCCGGAGGAGCAAUUGGGUUAUACUUUCAGAAGUGUGGGUGUGGAAGUGGGGAGAAACAUAUCAGGUGAAAGCUUAGUUCUGUGAACAAGCUUCUGUAAGUUAUCUUAGAACAUGUAGUAACUAUAUGACUAUGCGUGGCUGGACCCACAUUGAAGAAUUUUAACGUAAUGAAAAUGAGUACCUCUAAGGAUCACUACACAGAAACAAUAGUUGAUAUUUCCCACACCAGAAUGGGAAAUAUGGUCUGUUAAUUAGAGUGAACAUAAUUUUAAUAUAUUUAUAAGAAAGCUUAGAAAGGCAUACAAAUAAAUCAUAUUUAUAUAAUUACGAAUCAUUUUACUAAAGAGUAUAAACUCAGAAAUUUUGGGGAGUCCAUGGUUAUUCUAUGAGAACACAAAUGAAGGGAAAUACCUGUAAUAAAUAUACUUGUAGACAAACUUGCAAAGGGUUUUGUACUAUGAACAUGUUGAUGUACAUCCACCUUUUCAUUCAAACACUAAGAAAAUGUCAAUCACUAAAAGAGGGGACAAAGACCAUUUCAAGACAAUAGAUGUGAGUUUGCAUUCUGCUUAAUUUCCACUUUUGGCCAUGACUACAGGCUGCUUUCAAAUAAGACAGGCAUUCCUUUCCAUACUGAUAGAAGAUAAAGGGAGAAAUCUCUUUAUGAAAGUACUUCAGACCUUUGAAAGCUCAGACAGUAAGAGAUUAAAAUAGUUAUCAAAACAUCUAGGUGACAGCAUGGCUUUUUCAUAAAUCCUUUGGUUAUUUAACACUAAAACUAGACUUUAAGCACUAUUUACCUACCUAAAUAUUUUUAAUUAUCCAGUGUUGAUAUAUACACUAUUUUUAAUGAAUUGUAUUGAUGUAUUACAAGAAAUAUGAUAGAUAUUACAUGCAGUAAGCAUACGUACUAAAACCGACAUUCAAAGUUCUGCAUUUGAAAUCCCUUGGAGAUCUGAGACCAUGCCCCUCCCUCCAUUUUUGAAUCUCAGUCAUUUUCCCAGUGCCUGACACUUGGCACAUCUAAAUAUGUGAAUGGGCACAAAAGGAGGAACUAUUGACUAUUGUGCUGAAAGAUCUUGCUCAUAAAAGCUCAGGCAAAGAAAAUGAAGUGUACGUUUGUGCAAUGUAUUAGAAUAUGUUUAUGUUGUUUUUAAUAAAAAGACUUUCAAUAGA